CCUUAUCUAUGGUUAUAUACCAAAAAAAAUAUCUAUGGUUAUAUAGAACAGAUAACGUUGUAUGGGCUUAGGUCCUCUUGCCUUUCCUAAUAAGUAAAAAUUGUACAAAAAAAAAAACUUGGUUAUCCUGUUAUCCUUUAUCAUCCGGAAUCCGGGAUCCCUUUCAUAAUUAAGACAUUUAAAUAAUCCUUUUAGAAUUUUAUAUUUAGUAUAUUAUUUAAGUGUGUAAACCUACACACGUAAUUUUCAAUUCAUAAAUUUAUUUUUACGGAACAUUCAGAGUUGAUUUAAACCGCAUUUUAGUGUUCAGCAGUGUUUUGUAGCAGUUAAACAAGCUGUGCAACUAAGUUAAAAAAUCAGUGUUUAAAUAAUCAAAGAACAAUGGUUAUGAGUAUGAUAAGAAUUUGUAAUAUUCUUUUAUUUGUGCUGAUUCUAAUGUUUAUGUUUAAGUUAGUGGUAAUAGAAAGUACAGCUUCAAAGAAACUACAAAUUGGCAUUAAGAAAAGACCUGAGGACUGUUCCAUCAAGAGCCGCAAAGGAGAUCUUUUGCAUAUGCACUACACUGGCACUUUAGAUGACGGUACAGAAUUUGAUAGUUCAAUUCCUCGAGGUAACCCCUUAACCUUCAAACUUGGUUCUGGUCAAGUUAUUAAGGGUUGGGAUCAAGGGCUACUUGGAAUGUGCGAAGGAGAACAACGUAAACUUGUCAUUCCACCGGAAUUGGCUUAUGGUUCAGCUGGAGCACCACCAAAGAUACCAAAGUCUGCUACUCUUACUUUUCACGUAGAAUUGGUGAAAAUUGAAAGAAAAGAUGAAUUAUAAUUGUUUCAACUGACAAAUACAUAUACAUGUUUUGAACUGAA